GUAUGAGAUAGUUUUUUUUUGAAGGAUAAAACUGAGACUGUCGUACCGUGACGUAAUCAAGUGUCACGUGAAUAUGUCACUCCUCUUCCUCCUGCGUUAAUCUGUCCCUAAGAACAUAACAUUGUCCUAAUCCCCAUCUGCGCUCCAUUUCCCCCACAAACACUUUCCUUCAUUCAACCUCUCUUCCAUCAUCGCUCUGCACAGCAGUACGCAUCCCGGCCUCAGAGAUGCCACGGGCAAUGUGGAUUUCCUAUGAUGAUGAGCGGCGCAGAGGCCUCGCUCCGGGAGAAUGCCGCGCCCUAGAGGGCCCGAGUGUUGGGAGGUCAGGCCCACGUCGGCACUGAGGGGGUCAGACGCCGCCGCGCCCUCAUGUGGCAUCGUAUACAGAGACUGACCCGGGCGUGCCGCCGCGGCAUUGGGUGCGCCGUCACCUACAAUGAACAUGACCAUGAUGAGCAGGAUAUGGUGUGCCUUGAGCCCAUGGGAUCAGAGCCGAUGGAGAUGCGAAAGAGGCAGAUGUCGGUGCAGCAGGAGUCGGCAGCGGGGGGGACUGCACCGGCCCACCAGGGCCAGCCGGGCCAGGCCAACCCACGGGGGUCCAACGCCUGCUGCUUCUGUUGGUGCUGCUGCUGUAGCUGCUCCUGGAACGAGGACAGAGACGAGAGAAACCGGAAGGCAUCGUACGACGUCAAGGAAGAGACCGCGGACUGUGAAGAUUGUCCUAAGCCCACGCUGGAGGAGGUGCAUUCUUGGGCCCAGUCCUUUGACAAGCUCAUGAGCUGCCCGGCCGGACGCAACUCCUUCCGUCAGUUCCUGCGCACUGAGUUCAGCGAGGAGAACAUGCUCUUCUGGCUCGCCUGCCAAGAAUUCGCUAAGGAGAGCAACAAGGGCUCCGUGGAGGAGAAGGCCCGCGUCAUCUACGAGGACUACAUCUCCAUCCUCUCCCCGAAAGAGGUGAGCUUGGACUCCCGGGUGCGUGAAUCCAUCAACCGGAACAUGCAGGAGCCCACCUCGCACACCUUCGAUGAUGCCCAGCUGCAGAUCUACACACUCAUGCAAAGAGACUCAUACCCGCGAUACAUGAACUCCUCGGCAUACAAAAACUUGCUCAACGCUCUGUCCGAGCAGUCGCCCGAAUCAUAAAAAAAAAAAAAA